GUCGGGUGUUUUUGUGUGGGAGGGGGUGAUGAUAGUGAGAGUCCUUGUAAGUACAGUUAUAGAGACAGAGGAGGUAUUAGUAUUUUUGAGAAUAUAAUUUCCUAGAAGAACAAGCAUCAGUUUUGCGCAACAACGACCACCUCAAGACCAAGAACAUAUUAUGGUGCGACCAAGAAUCCAUCCCUAGUCCUGAAAACAGCUAUUAAUCGGAGAUGUUUUCAUUUUGAUAUCUUGAGAUGGAUUCUCAGUGCUCCUCUAACGCCAUGCUUUAAUAAACUUCGCUCGCUCGUACUCGUAAUUCAAACUAUGUAUACUAUCUCCGUUGACUUGAUAACAGAACCUUCAGAAUCCAAAAAAUCUUCUACUUCUACGAGUACCACCCACGUAGAAGUGAUAAGUAGUUUAUUAUUACCAGCGACCAUCAUCAGUAGAAGUUGUAUCUGAUAAUUUUAGCGAUUUGACUCCUCACUCUCGAGGAACAUAUUUUAUUCAUCAACAACAGUCAGACUGUUCGUUGUUGAACACCUUUCUAUGACAACAUGUAAAAUAUUCUUUGUUACCAUUUGGCUUAUUUCCUUCUACGACUUUUAGUGUCUACUGUUAACACAACGAUCCAUCCUACCACGAGGAAUUACCAGCGACGAUCCACCCUGCCCACGGCGACAUCUUGAUAGAGUACAUCUAUGUAUGAUUAGUUGGUUCAUCAUCUUGAUUUAGAAUAAAAAACGCACUUGUCUUCAUCUAAGGAGCAUCUGCAUCAGCAUCUCGAAAAGCGGUUUGACGUUUCCUCAAUCCUCGAGGAGGUACCUACUCCUGCUUCAUCAUUUUUAUCUUCCCCGGCGGUAGGGUCGCGCGCGAACAUAAUAUAAUAGUAAUAGUAUCUUAUCUUGUCACUGUCACAGGUACAACGUCGAUCGAUGGAGGGUUUUGAAGUGAUAGGAGACGCUCCACCAGCGUUGACGGACGCUCCGCCAGCGUUAGCGGAGUCAACAGAACCCGCU